AUGUUCAUAUCCGGACUCCUGGCCCUGCUUAGGAAGCUCAAGUCGACGCCCGACCGUGAGCUACGGAUCCUGUUGCUGGGUCUCGACAACGCCGGCAAGACAACCAUCCUCAAAAAGUUGGCAUCGGAAGACAUCGCUCACAUCACUCCGACACAGGGUUUCAACAUCAAGAGCGUGCAAGCUGAAGGCUUUAAACUCAACGUCUGGGAUAUCGGCGGCCAACGCAAGAUUCGACCUUACUGGCAGAACUACUUCGAAAACACCGAUGUGCUGCUGUACGUGAUCGACAGCUCGGACAGGGCGCGCUUCGAAGAGACCGGUGUGGAGCUCGCCGAGCUUCUCUCAGAGGACAAGCUGCUGGGAGUGCCGUUGCUCGUUCUGGCCAACAAACAGGAUUUGGUGCAUAGCGCGCCAGCGGCUGAGCUGGCCGACGGCCUCAACCUGCCCGCCGUCCGUGACCGGCCCUGGCAGAUACAGGCUUGCAGUGCGCUCUCCGGCGAGGGACUUAAGGAUGGACUUGAAUGGGUGUGCAAGACCAUUAAAAGGAAGUAAAGCAAUGCUGAACACUGCACAACUACAUUGUUCCUUGCAAUGGGGUAUCCCAGCACUGCGCAGCACAAUGGUUGGCAGAGCACUUUCUGAUGAAUGGCAUCAAGAUAACUUUAUUCAGCACAAAAUGCAGUCAGAAAGUAAAAGACCCAGGUUGCCCAUGUAGCAUCUCACAACAGCGUUUACCUGCAGAUGCAUCAUCACUACUUCUCCCAAGGGCAAGCAAGCUCAGUGAAAACUUUGCAGACUAGUUCCCUUAGUCCCAAAAGAGAAUGCUUCUGGGGGAAUGGAACAGUAGCAGGCUGUGCCUGCCAGAAAUCUCCACUGUCAUUUCUCUGUUCGUUGAAUGCCAAAAUCUCACAGGUAAACCUAUCAGUCGCUAUUGUAAUAAUUUCCUUAAUGUAUCUAAAAUGUAUCUAAAAGAGCCUUGUUCUUAUGUCAUGCCACAAUCUGCAGCUGACUGCACUGAAGGAGUGAUAUUGUGGCAUGGAAAUUAAUUAAAAGUCUUUUUUUAAAAGCAGUGGUGUGUCUCUGUAUGGACAAAGAACAAACAG